UCACAUGAUAUGACGGAAAAACAUGACGAAAACGGUUCCUCGUUAUUGUCUUACAUUUACAGAUAUACUUUAUAUCCACGAAGUAAUGGGAAUAGUGAAGUAUGUGAUACAGCUCAUACGGUUGAGUAGGGAUCCGUCUACACAACGGAGGUCAACAUACUGUAUGUAGGGGCUUUCACAAAUUACUUUUUCUUAAUGAAUCGUUACUAAAAUGCGUAUGGUCGAGCUGCUCUGAACUGAAGAUAAUUACAUUUUUCAUCAUAACAAGCAAGACAUAGCAACACCGACGGCUACUAGCUCCACCAGGAAAUAGUCGCAUCCUGGCGUUACGUCUCUUACCAGCAUAAUGACCCCCCAGAUGCUGAUCACAAUGCCGCAUGCGGCCAUCUUUGGCCCGCAGAACAGCAACGACGGCAUUGUUUCCGCGGUCUGUAGGCUUCUUUUCUUUGAUCCAGUAAGACAAAAUGGCUAAAGACGGACGACAGCCGACGAAGAGGCGGUCAGCUGAUACCUGUUUCACUCGACUCCACUCGGUUGGCGAGAUCUUCUCUGCGGCUGGAGCAGCUUUCAGCAAACUGGGAGAGCUGACCAUGCAGCUGCACCCCGUGUCCGACAGCAGCCCCGCAGGGGCCAAAUGGACGGAGACUGAGAUCGACAUGCUGCGCUUGGCUGUACGGCGGUUUGGAGACGACCUCAACAACAUCAGCAGCGUGAUCAAGGAGCGCACCGUCGCUCAGAUCAAGAGCACGGUCAAAAGGAAGCUGUAUGAGGACAGCAGAGUGCCCAUUUCCUCCGAAUCGCCCAAGAAGACGCCAAAGAAGACUGCUGUCGCCGCGACACCCGCACCUGCUCCCACUGCGCCCGCCAUGAUCCCUGUUCCUGCUUCGCAGGUUGUCGUGGCAACAGGAAUGCAAAGCGGCGUCUCCCUGGCACCACCCAUAAAGAAGCAGAAGACGGCAGACGUGACGCUGAGCGCGCUCAAUGACUCAGACGUGAACAGCGACUUGGUGGACAUCGAAGGACUUGGCGACGGCGCCUCCAGCAAGAAGCUCAACUUUGACCAAGAGAGCCUCAGCCUGGACUCCAGCCUCAUCAUGAACUCCAGUGACCUCCCGCUGCUCUCCCGCUGACCUUCCACAUAAGAGUCAGGCCCCUCUGUGGUGACCCAUUUCACAUAACAGAUGAACAAUGAUGUAUUUAUAAAAAAAAAAGUAAUUGCAUACAUUUGCAAGUACUUGUUCAACAUGUCAAUAUAGCACAAAAUCAGCAUUUCCCACAUAAUUUCACAGUCGCAUCUCACUAGUUAACGUUUGUGACUGUUGACGUGCGCGUGAUGUUGCUAGGAUCCGCUCUAAAAGUACCAUAAAAAACGAGUUGUGACAAGUGCUGCUUUUUGUUGACUUUUAUUGACCUUUUAUCAACAUUGCAUAAAAGUACAUUUUGUUCUUA